CAUGGAGGUAGUUGUUUUAUAUUCGAAAUUUCUGCCAUAGUAUGAAGAGGCAUCAUAGAGAGGACUCGGCUUCUCGCAGUAAGAAGGCCCGUGCCCCUAGUAUAUCGGACGAGGAAGGUACUAACGGGUGCAUCAACUCUCCGAAGAAGUACAAAAGUCCCCCACGAAAGGCUCUGUUGAGACGCCCUUCACGUGAAGACAGAUCAGUUGAUAAAUAUGACCAACAAGGUUCGAGACAAACAUUCUUACUUCGACCUAAUCCCGCAGCAAAGUUUGUCAGUAGCAACAACUCCAGCCGCUCAUUUAACCCCCACAGUGACUACUCAAGUUCACGGAAAUCCUAUGCGCCAUCAAAUGAUCGAUUAUCUAGUCACUCGUCAAAGUCACUGGUCAAUUCUUCCAGUCGAGUUAAUCCUAUGUUGGCAGCAAGUCUUGCAUCAUCAGGAAAAUUACCAAACCUUCCAAUUCCUCUUGGGUCCAAACGGGGUUCAUCUGCAACGGUUGCGGCCGUAGCCGCAGCUGCGAUGAACGCAGCAGCAAUGGCUGCAGCAUUAGGUGCCGGAGGUGUAAUAUCGAGCAAACAAAUGUCACACAUAACCAAAGCACUAGCAUCUGCUACUCGGACUGGUCGUGAUCACCAUGGUUCAUCGUCACACAGACCUCCGCGGAGUUCCAGUGAUAGGUAUACAGGUGAAGAUUCUAGAAGCAGUCGUCGAAAAACAACUAGUAAAGAGAAAGAUAUGCUUAGCAUUUUCAAUGCUCGUUACGCUCGUCCAGUAGAACAUCGCAAUCCCGAAGAUGAUCCUAAUGCAACAAGAACAUUAUUUCUGGGUAAUUUGCCACCAGAUGUCGAGGAACCUGAACUGAGGAAGCUUUUCGAACGUUAUGGUAUAAUUGAAGAUAUUGAUAUUAAGCGCCGUGAACUAGAAACUGGAGCAACCGCAUUCGCUUUUGUUCGAUAUCUUAGUCUAGACAUGGCACACCGCGCAAAAGUUAAUCUAUCUGGACAAAUGAUAGGUGAAUACAGAUUCAAAAUUGGUUAUGGGAAAGUUAUUCCCACACGAUGCCUAUGGGUUGGUGGAUUGGGUCCAUGGACAAAUUAUCCUGAGUUCGCAACCCUUGUUAAUAGUAUCAGCGCGCCUGAAAAAAUCAUCUGGCCGUCUGGUAAAAACUAUGCCCAUAUUCUUUAUAGUGAUAGCGAGUCGGCUGCUGUUGCAGCUGAUCUUUUACGUGGAUAUCCGUUAGGAAAGAGUCAUAAACGGAUCCGAGUGGACUUCACUGAUGAGUCACAUAUGUUCAGAGAUCCUAAUUGGAAACGGUUGAAAAGAAAUUCGUCCACAGAAUCAAGUCCUAGACAUUACUCAUCCAGAAGAUCACUGACACCUCGAAUAAAACGUGAAGAUUCUUUUUCAGACAAUGCCUACUCUCGUGAUAAUCAUUACUCAAAAUACAAACGCGACCGAAAGACGUAUGAUGAUAGUGACCGAAGUCAUUCUGCUUCGUCAAAUCAUAGGCGAGAAUCUGGCCAUAGAUCUAGAAAAGCUACACAUGAAAGGGCGCCUAAACGUAGUCUAAGAGACCACUCAUUAAGUCCUGAUGCUGACUCGACGCGUUUUGUUUCACGUUCUCCUUCAUCAUCAAAAUCUCGCAGAUAUUCAUCUUCUUCCUCGAGAUCACCCACAUUAGAAACAUCCACAAACGUAGAACAGUUAGCAUCUUGUCUUCCUUCGGCAUGGGAUGGAGCAUUUUAUCUAAAGUCAAGUAGUUUUCAAUGCACAAUGCACAUUUUGAGAGGUGACAAAAGCCUUGUUGAUCAGUUCAUGUACCAGAGAUCUAAUUCAGAAGCAUCGGCGCAUUCAAACGAAACUCGGCAUGCAGGUAAAAAGUCGAACAAAGAUAAACACACGUCACUGGAUGACAUUGAUUCUAGUGAAUCUCAGGAUGAUGCACAUGGUAGUAGUACAAACAAAGACCAGGUGGUUUGUUUACGCAUUACCCAACGAAUGAGACUGGAUCCAGUGAAGUUAGAUGACGUGAAUCAGCGCAUUCAGACAGCCGGUUCCUCUGGGUUUUGCAUUCUUUUGGCUGUACCUCCACAUUCGGUUUUAUGCAGUGAAGCUGGAGAUGGCGAUAAGCAACCGCAAAGACCGCUUCGAAACCUAAUCGGAUAUUUACGUGCAAAAGACUCCGCAGGAGUGGUUCUUCUAAAUCCUGGUGGCCAAAACUCAAACGAUUCUUCAUCCCCUCUAACUGCAGAAACUACAUCUGGGGUGCUGUAUGCAUUUCCACCCUGUGAUUUUGCUUUGAAUCUCUUGCGUGAAAGUGCUCCGCAGCUAGAGAAAGAUUAUGGUAAAGAUGAUUACUUAGCUAUAAUACUAAUUCGUGGGGCCGGAGUUGUGUAGACAAUACCCCAAAAAUCAAGCUUCGAAAUGAACUGCUUUUGUUGGCAACAAUGUUUGUCGCUAAUGCGCCACUACUUUUUCUCUGUGCGAAAAAACUAAGUUUUGUUUACUAGCGUUAAGCUUCAUCAUAUUAUACCUCCUAAAAGGGCAUUUAUAAAAAAGACGUUUGUUUCUGUACUUGUUGUAUUUCAGAAGAAUCAGUGGGGUUAACAUACAUAAUAUUCUUUAAACUUUGUUUUUUAUUGUUCAUUAAACGUGCUAAUGAAGUUCGACCGCUUAAUUGAUAGUUUGAGAAUUAUGAGUUGGGAGUUUGUUACCGCUUAGAAAAACAAGAAAUUUUGUACAUCAACUUUGUUUGAUCUCUUCAGGACAAAACAAUGCGUAGAAUGCUCCCUUAGAUUGUAUUAGCUGAUCAAAUGAACCAGACUCGACAAUCCUACCUCUGGAUAUGAACAAGAUUUGGUCGACUUGUGUCGUUGAGAGUAGUCUGUGGGUAACUAGCAGAUAUGUGUAGUCCUGUGAUAGUCCUGUUAAUAAGUUUUGAAUAUACCGUUCGUUUUCUGGGUCCAUUGCAGAAGUAAUUUCAUCUAGGAGUAGCAAUUUCGGUUUACGCACGAGGGCACGCGCUAUUGCAAUUCUUUGUCUUUGACCCGUAGAAAUAUGUGUACCUCGCGGACCAGCUAAUGUGUUGUAACCCUGAAGAGGAAAUUAUACAGUAUAUUCAAUUAACUGGUAUGUUACAGAACUACAGUUAUUCGUCUGUUUUAAUACUGAGCCAAAUAUAGUAAGGAUUUCUUCACUUUUGAAUUUCUGACAUCGGGCAUCAGAAUUUCGGGUCUAAUAUAUCCGUUUUAUAUCAACUUAAGGGUACUCCAUUUUUAGGACCAUACAUUGGAAUGCGAUCAGUCAGUCAACAACGUAGAACUUCGUACGUACGUGCGUCAGUUCGAGUUGUUAUACCACUAGCACAGAUGCAGUCAUCGAUCCAUAUCCCGUAGUGGUAGAUGUAGUAAAAUUAUAAGUAGUAGUCGGAAAGAUUAGGGUUUGAAGAUGACAAAGAGUAUAAUCCAGUGGAAUAAAUUUGGAAAGAGAAAAAAGGGACAUGAGGAAUUCAGAAGAUUAGAAUUUGGGAGAACACAAAAAGUGGAUGCACCUGCGCAAUCGCAAACGAUUUUGAGCCAUGUUAUUCAAGGUUUCUAACCAUCGGUUGCUAUCAUCUCGCGGUCCCCAACCAGGUAGUCUACACCAACCAACAUGAGUCAGACAACUUGUCAGUGACUUCAUGGACUUGUGCCAUGUUCUGGGGUGAUCGCCCCUAGUUUUCUUCCAAUCUACUACACCAUGAAACAUCGCACGUCGGGGCAGUUAGUGGUUGGGCAUACGUAACACGUCCCAGCCAUCUCAACUGAUGAAGUUUCACCACUUCAUCAAUCGAUUUGCCAUCCUUACCUAGUACCCGUUUCCUAACAACUGCGUUACUUACCCGAUGGUCCCAGGAUAUACGAGCAAUGUUUCGAAGACACCUAUGAUCGAAUACUAGUAACCUACGAAUACUCUCUACUCUUACCGACCAUGUUUCACUGCCAUAAAAUAGGACACAAUGGAAUACAAGACUGAAGUUGAAAGUAAGUUCUACAAUCGACCAGUAAACUAUUGGGAGCAGUGAUUGGUUUUGUAAGGUAUCAAAGAUUCGAUCGAUAUGUGGUGUUUCGCGACAAUGUUAUUGCUGGGACGAUUAGACCUUUUGAAUUAUACCAGAUAAUAAGAUAAAAGUAGGUCACACGACAAAAUCAAUUCACACCUUGAGUAGAAUCGAUAGUAACUUACUUGUGGUAGGGUCAUAAUAAAUUCAUGAAUAUUUGCACGUCGUGCGGCAUCGGUUAUUUCAUCCAUCGUUACAGGAUGUGCAUUGUUCCCAUACGCGAUGUUUUCCAUAAGUGUAAGAUUAAAAAGUUGUGGUUCUUGAUUUACAACACAAAUCUGCUCGCGAAUCCACCUAGGUGAAAUCAUUCUUAUAUUGAUAUCGUUGAGAAAUAUCCCACUAUUUGCGUUACUACUAUCAGCUUCGUAAAGGCGAUGAAUCAAACAUAAUAUACUAGUUUUACCAGAUCCAGAAAGCCCCACAAUAGCAGUAUUCUGACGAGGUUGGAAUGUCCAUGAAAAGUCCUAAUGGGACGAAAAGUUACACAGUUUCAUGUUAGAACGCCGGUUUCUUUAUAUCAAUAAAAUGUGAGUUUU